AUGUCAAACUUAGGAGAUAGACCUAAUAAUGAAGAUGUAGAAGGGAUGGAACCACAAGAACAACUCCUUGCAAGAGUCACGCAAAAUGUGGAGACCAUGAUCAAUGAGAGGUUAGAUAGGAUGGAGCAAGGACUUCAAGCUAGGGAUAUACCUCAAGGAAGAAGACGGCCUAAAGAAGUUUUGGAGGAGGAAGAAAACUUAGGGAGAAGGAGACGACAAGAAGGUCGAGUAGAAACUUGGUUGGAACUGAAUGAGCUUAUGAGGAGGCGGUUCAUACUACUACACUCCUUGAGAGAUUGUGCACAAAAACUUCAAGCUCUUCACCAAGGAAACAAGAGAGUUGAAGAAUAUUAUAAAGAGAUGGAAACAUUGAUGGAAAUAUUAGACAUUGAUGAGAAUGAGGAGAACACCAUGGCACGAUUUAUGAAUGGGUUAAACAUAGAAGUGGCCGAUCGUGUUGAUUUGCAGAUGUAUGAUGAUAUGGAGAAGUGGAUGACUAAGCAGGUGAAAAUUCCUAUUGCCAUUGGAAGAUACGAGGAUGAGGUACUAUGUGAUGUGUUACCGAUGCAUACAGAAUUCAAAGGUGUAUUUCCCAAGGAGUUGCCUAAAGAGUCACCACCUUUGCGAGGCACAGAACACAAGAUUGACUUUAUCCCUGAUGCUCAAUUCCAAAUUGACCAGCAUACCGGACAAAUCCACAAGAGGCUAAAGAGAUUCAAAGAUUGUAGGGCUAUAAACAAAAUUACUAUUAAGUAUAGACACCCUAUUCCUAGGCUGGAUGAAAUGCUUGAUGAAUUAUAUGGAUGUAGCCUAUUUACAAAAAAUGAUUUAAAAUCUGGAUACCAUCAAAUUAGGAUGAAUGUGGGAGAUGAAUGGAUAACUGCAUUUAAAACUAAGCAUGGUUUAUAUGAAUGGUUGGUUAUGCCAUUUGGCUUGACCAAUGCACCUAGUACUUUUUUGCGACUUAUGAACCAUGUAUUGCGUGACUUUUUGGGAGAGUUUGUUGUGGUUUAUUUUGAUGACAUUCUGAUAUAUUCUAGGACACUAGAGGAUCAUGUUCAACAUGUUAGGUAUGUUCUGAUUGCACUUCGAAAAGAAAAACUUUAUGCUAAUCUUAAAAAGUGUAAUUUUUGCAUGGAAAGGAUAAACUUCCUAGGAUUUGUUAUAUCUAAACAGGGAGUGGAAGUUGAUACUGAGAAGGUUUAA